AUGUCUGGGGAAGAGCGCAGUCAAUUGUUCAAGUCCAUUGCUGAUGCAUUCAUACAAUGUGGCCAGCCGUACGGAAACCGCUUAUCACCACACGCUUCUUACGUCUCUUCAUCACCAUCCUCUUCCCCUGAAAGUCAAUCUGCAGCGAUCGAUGUCAUAGCCUUGGCAUUGUACUCACCCACCUUGUUCUACUUUGACCCAUUGUUCAAGUUGGACGCUGUUGUCUCUGCGAAAGAUCACGAGGCUUUCUCACUUCUCCAGGUGUUUUUAAGUAGUGGUCUACCAGAAUUACAUUCGUCGCUCGAAAGCCAUCCCGCUAUUCUCGAAAAAUAUGAACUCGACUGA